AUGGGCUCGGACCAACCUAAAGGUGGACACGACCCAACACCACUUCCACCUUCAACAGGACCAUCCUAUAACCUUCGUAUAACCUUUCAUCGAGCUUCCAACCUACCCAUAGCAGAUUUCGCUUCCCGUUCAUGUGAUCCAUACAUUUUAGCACAAAUCAAUACUUCCCUCCCUACACGUCAUCCUCGUGAUCCGAAAUUACGUUUUCGUUCACCUACAAUACAUCGUAAUGUUAAUCCCACAUUUGAUGCUCAAUGGUUGAUAUCCGGUGUUCCUUCAAGUGGUAUGACUCUCAAAGUAAGAUUAUACGAUGAAGAUGCGAAUGAUUAUGAUGAUCGUCUAGGUAAGUUGGAAAUUGAAACGGGAGAAAUUGAUGAGGAUUGGAAAGGUAUAAAAGAAAAAGAAUAUAAAGUACAUAAAACAGGAGCGGACGUUAGGGCUUAUACUUUAAGAAGUUGUGCAAGACUUUUAGAUAGGACGAAAGAAUUACAUGCUAGGUUAGUUUUAAGUGUUGAAGUAUUGGGAAAGACGAAAGAAGAUGGGAAUGUGGGAAAGGUUUAUACUGUUGGAUGUUUUUGGAGAACUCAUUAUUCUCCCAUCAUCGGGAGAUUGACAGGGACGAAAGGGAAGGAUGAACAUGGUGUGGAGAGAUUUGACUUCCAAGCAAACGAAAUCCAACUACGUGGUCCGGUCCCAAACGAGCUCUACCACAGAUACGUAGAAUUCAAAUCUUUCGUAAUGGGCAUGUUCGAAUCUACCGGUGUUAGAGGGAAAGUUUUGAACAGGGCUUUGCAUCAUCAACAUGCAAAGAUAUAUAAUUAUAAUUCUAGGACUAGGACGGGUGUUUUUGAAGAUGAUCAAGGGCCUGGUAGGGAGAUGACUUUGAAAUUCCUCGACAUGGCACAUUAUGACCAAGGCGGUAGGAUCUUUACCUAUGUUGUCACUCUCGAUGGAAUGUUUAGGUUUACGGAAACGGGAAAAGAAUUUGGUAUUGAUUUGUUGAGCAAACAUACCAUGCAUUCUGACGUUGAUAUCUACAUAGCUUGGAGUGGUGAAUUCCUUAUCCGACGAUUAUCAAAUCCCCACUCCUCUUCCACCGCUCCAGAUCAGCACACUCACCCAGCCGAACCGUUACCGAACGGACCACCUUCGGCUCCCCCACCUCAAGAUCCCGAAUCAUACGAGUUGAUCAUCGAUAACGAUUCUGGCACAUACCGACCUUUAGCUUCUCUCAUACCGAUCUUCCAAAAGUUCCUUCAAUCGAAUUUCCCUGGGUUACAUAUUCACGUGAUGUCAUGUACCGAUGAGAAAUUGACAAAGAUCAAAGAUGCUCAAAGAGCUACAAAAGGGAAAGAAGGUGACCGGAUGGUUUAUGGACAAGGUAGUGUCAGUGGGAGUAGUCUCAGUGUGGAUAGUUCUGAUGAAGAAGAGUUGGAAAGAAGGGCUAGGAAUGAAAAGGUUGGUGGAGGGUAUGGAGAAGGUGAAAGGGUUUGGAAAGAGCCAGAACGGGGAGGGUGA